UGUAUCAAAAUUAGUGUAUUUUGCAAAAGUGUGACGUGAUCAAUAACCGGAUGGUUCUAUUGGUGGAAAAGACAGACAACAGCAGGAAGUAGGUAAAGGAUGUUGAUUUUUUUUUUUUACAAAUGUAUUUAUGUGAUUUUAAUUAAUUUCUUAUUUAAUGGAAAUAGCCAUUGUGAAAUGGUGAAAUGUGUUUUUUAACAUUAGUAUAAAUAUGCGUUACAGCCAUUACUCUAUUACAAUUUGAGUACUCUACCCACCUCUCUGUAAUACUAAGAUAAAUAUCAGUGAUGUAUACUAUAGCACUUAAUGCCACACUAGUAAAAUUAGCUUAACUUUCAUUUAUAAGCUAAGAUGGACAUAACCUACAUGUUUAUCUGCCAGAACCUUGUUAUUCAUGUGAAGAGUUCCUUUACAGACCCUUUUAAACAUUGAUUUUAUGCAUCCUUGCACUCUUCAUGUUCACCACGUAGUGAACUAUAUCGAGAUCAGAGGCAGCUUGUCCACUUUGACUCAUUUUCCUUCUCAGUCUCUUUUUGGAUCAGUUCUGACAGCAGCCAUUUUGUUCAUGUAUUUUUCUUUUGCACAUUGGUUAAGCUGUCUAAGCUUUUUUUCAUUUUGUUGAUCUCGAAUCCAUGGGUCUAAGAUGACGCAGAUCACAUCCGGUUCAGAUUUGUGGGAACUAUGUAUUAAUCUAUUGUAUUAAUCCAGAUGUUCUGAAGCCCCGCCCCUCCAGGUGUUCCACACUCUCACAUUCAAGCUUUUCUCCCCCCCAUGAGAUCUUCUCUCCCUUCUGCAGCAGUUUGGGUCCAUCCAUGCCGUGGACAAGCCCCCUCCAUCAGAGGGCGGAGCUUCUUUCUCUCUCCCCUCUCCUACGGGAGUAUUUAGGUGAAAGUGAGGCGGUUUCUGAUCCUCAGCAGAAGCUGCAUCAUCCGGACGGCAGGCUGGAGCCCUGGUACUCGUACACCCACUGGUUCCCCAUGGCUUCGGCCCAUGUGAUGAAGGACGGCGGGCCGGAGCCGAUACCGCGCAUGCAGCCCGCCAUGAUGAUGUUCUCCAGCAAGUACUGGUCCAGGAGGGGGAUGUCUCUGGACUCGGCCAUGUUUGACCAGCACAACCGCCAGCAUCAGCAGAGGCACACCGGGGGACAGAUGUCCAGACGGACAUCUUUCUGUCCAAUCAACGAGAAGCCCGAUGGUGAAAACGCAGAGGAUUCUGGGAAAACAGCAGUGGUGUUUUCUCUGAAAAACGAGGUCGGCUAUCUGGUCAAAGCGCUCAGACUCUUCCAGGAGAGACGGGUCAACCUGAACCACAUCGAGUCCCGGAUGUCGAAGCGGGUUCCUAACGAGGUGGAGAUCUUUGCCGACUGCAAAUGCAGCAAGAAAGAGUUUAACGAGCUUCUGCAGCACCUCAAAGAUCACGUCAACAUUAUCUCCUUCAACACGCCUGCACAUGUUUGGUCGGCUGAGGCAGAUGAAGAGGAUGUUCCCUGGUUUCCCAUGAAAAUCUCAGAGUUGGAUCAGUGUUCACACAGAGUGCUGAUGUACGGGUCGGAGUUGGAUGCAGAUCAUCCUGGAUUUAAGGAUAAUGUUUAUCGUCAGCGCAGGAAAUACUUUGUGGAGGUGGCCAUGAACUACAAAUUUGGGCAGCCCAUCCCUCGGAUCGAAUACACCUCCGAGGAGGUGAAGACGUGGGGCGUCGUGUUCCGAGAGCUGACCAAGCUCUACCCGACCCACGCAUGCAGAGAGUACCUGAAGAACCUGCCGCUGCUCACCAAACACUGUGGCUACCGGGAGGAUAACAUCCCACAGCUGGAGGACGUCUCCUGUUUUCUCAGAGAGCGUUCUGGCUUCACGGUGCGACCUGUGGCAGGUUACCUUUCUCCAAGAGAUUUCCUGGCUGGUUUGGCCUACAGAGUGUUUAACUGCACUCAGUACAUUCGCCACAGCACCGACCCCCUCUACACACCAGAACCAGAUACGUGUCAUGAGCUGCUGGGUCAUGUUCCCCUGCUGGCCGACCCAAAGUUCGCCCAGUUCUCCCAGGAGAUUGGCCUGGCUUCUCUGGGAGCGACGGAUGAGGAUGUCCAGAAACUGGCCACGUGUUACUUCUUCACCAUCGAGUUUGGACUCUGCAAACAGGACGGUCAGCUCAGAGCUUAUGGUGCUGGAUUACUGUCAUCCAUUGGAGAGCUGAGGCAUGCUCUGUCUGAUAAAGCCUGUGUGAAGAUGUUUGACCCAAAGACGACCUGCAACCAGGAGUGUCUAAUCACCACCUUCCAGGAUGUUUAUUUUGUCUCUGAGAGCUUCGAGGAGGCCAAGGAGAAGAUGAGAGAAUUUGCCAAAUCCAUAAAGAGGCCGUUCUCUGUGUACUACAACCCGUAUACGCAGAGCGUGGAUCUGCUAAAAGACACGCGCAGCAUCGAGAACGUGGUGCAGGACCUGCGCAGCGACCUCACCACAGUCUGCGACGCCCUCGGCAAGAUGAACACCUACCUGGGCAUCUAAGGCUGAAGCACACCCACUGCAAAAAAACUAAAUAUUACCAAGUAUUUUUGAUCUGGUUUCUAGUUCAAAUAUCUUAUUACACUUGAAAUAAGGCAAAAUUAACUUAAAAGUUACUUUUUAAAGAUUGGUAAUCGGCGAGAUGCCAGAAAACUGCAAUCAGUGCACCCCUAUCUGUAUUAGAUAAAUAAUUAUUUAAUAUUGUCAUAUAUUCAAUAUGACAAGACAAAAUUCCAUGUUAAAAGUGAAAUAGUUUGCCAGUGGGACUAGUUUCAAAACAAGUUCAUUUAUUGUGCUUAAAAGUUUCUUCAAAGUUCAUUUUGUCUUAUUUCAAAUGCACCAAGAUGUUCCACUUGAAACUUGAUAAUAAAUACUUAGUGAAAUUUUGUGUUUUUGCAGUGCAGGAGUUCUGACCGGUCCAAUCAAUUGGUUCUGACUUCAGUCUCUCAGAUUAUCAGAGAAAAACUUCCGUCCAGCAUUUUUACCGUCCAAACGUCUAAUUUCAUCCACUUAAUGUUUGCGCUGCUCAUGUCAAAUGUCUCCUGUAACCAAGUCCAAGCUGUCAGAAUAAAGUGAAGAAUCCCCUACACUCA